AUGUCAGCCUCUCAGCAACUAUCCGGGUGCCAGCGUGCCUUCCCGUUUAGGUCAGCUCAGGAUCAUGCUAAUAGCAGGCUUUCAAUGCACGUCAAAGGCUCGCAUAUGGACAAGUAUCCUGCCAAGUCACACGCGCAACGAGUCGCCCACCGGUUUGGCCGCAAAGAAGGUACUAUCAUUCUCAAAGCAACUUCAGCGCAGUUAUGGCCGAACUCCGACAUGCCAAUACCAUUCCGGCAGGAUCGAUACUUCUACUAUAUAACGGGCUGCAACGAGCCCAAUUGCUAUGUGGUGUACGACGUUGGCCGAGACCAUCUCACGCUAUACCUCCCUCCUAUUGACUUCAGCCGCAUUGUCUGGACGGGCAGGGGUAGCACAAUCGAGGAAGCACUCCAGAAGUACGACAUUGACGAAGCGAAGUAUAUCAAGGACUACCCAGUUGAUCAGAUCAUCCGAGAGUCGCGCGCCAAGGCUGUGUACUGUCUCGACUCAAUGGAUGCCUCUUUCUGGGACGGUUCCCUUCAUGGUCUGCAGUUCGACGACAAGGACAGUGCACACUUGCGAUAUGUUUUCGAUUGCUGUCGUGUCAUCAAAGAUGCCCAUGAGCUCGCGUUGCUCCGCGAAGCAGCAGACAUCAGCAGCGAAGCUCAUAAGGCAGUACUCACGCAUCUGCACAAGCUGAGCAACGAAGCGGAAGUCGAAGCCGAGUUCAUGCGAGUCUGCAUCGCUCGGCAUGCCAGGGAGCAGGCGUACAGUCCGAUCGCUGGCGCAGGAUCAAAUGGUAGCACUCUCCACUAUGUCAGGAACGAUGCCGACUUUGGAGAUAGCCAGACACUUGUGCUGGAUGCCGGCUGCGAGUGGAAGUGCUACGCAUCUGACAUCACCCGAACACUGCCACUGAACAAGAAGCGGCCCGGCUAUUGGCCAAGCAAAGAGGCUUACGACAUCUAUACUCUCGUUCAAAGUGUACAGGACUCAUGCAUUUACAUGAUGAUGGAACCCGGCGUAAACUUCCUUUGGAUCACACAGAUGUCACGACGUUUGGUGACGAUCGGCCUGAUCAAGCUGGGCAUCUUGAAGGGCGAGCUAGAAGACAUCUUGAAAGCGGGAUCAUGGUUCGCUUUCUACCCGCAUGGCCUUGGUCACCAGGUGGGACUGGAAGUUCACGAUGUCUGGCCGCUACCAUCCCAGGACUCGGAGAUCACUGCGGACGAUGCAAGGUGGCGCGAACUUGGCGUCUUACCGCUCCCCCCUGCCUUUUCAUUCCCUCUAGCCUUUGCCGCAGGUCCAGAAAGGUGCAAGGAAGAGAAGGAUGCUCCCGGCAUGCUGAAACCUGGCAUGGUGAUAACCAUCGAGCCUGGGGUGUACUUUAAUAAGUCCCUGCUGAGCGCUUUCUUAAAGAACCCGGACUUGGCAAAGCAUAUUGACGAGGAUGUACUACGGCGGUACAUGCCUGUCGGUGGCGUCCGCAUAGAGGACGAUAUCCUCAUUACGAAAAACGGGUACGAGGUUCUGACAACGGCACCCAAAGGCGAGGAGAUGCUGCAGUUGAUUCGCAACGGCGCAAGCAAAUCGUGA